AUGGAGCCCCUCUCUAUUAAAGAGGGAGAAGCCCGGCCACAACGCAAAAACUACAAUCAACUGGCGUCAAAUGAAAAACUUGACAACAGGCAAAUUGAAGACAUUCACAUAGAAGAGGCUGACAUAGAUUCAGAUGCUAGUAGUACUGACUUAGAAGAGCGGGAUACGAGAAAUGUUUGCCCGCCUUGUGCGCAUGACCGGUACAACAACAACAUCCGCCGGCACGCCCACGACGAUUUCAGUGACGACACAGAUUACGAUGAAGCUCUUACAUGCAACGUGUGCGACCGGUCGUUCUCGACGCGCCGCCAGCUGAGUGACCAUCAACAGAAAAAAAGACAUUUCGGAUGCGGCGCGUGCGACAGCCUGUUCCCGUCGCUGAUGGCGCUGGAGCACCACAAGGAGGAGUUCCAGCACUGGAGCGACUCCUCGUGCUCGCGCAGCGACAGCGACGACAGCAGCGAGUGCCACGAGGACAAGCACCGGCUGCUCUAAUGCCACCACCUCAUUAUUGCCGGGGACAGGCCCACCGAGCUGGGCACUUUCGUUUAGACUAGCUUGUAAGGCGAUGUGCGGGUAGAUACACAUUCUGUAUGCGGAUACUUGUAUCGACAUUAACUGCCUAACAGUAUCCAGUAGGCCUAACAUGCGACCCAUCGAUUAUGUCUUUUUCUCUUACCGAUAUUUAUGUAGUGGGUCGCAUAAUAAGCCUACUGGCCACACUUAUAGAAGAUAUAGGGUUCAGACCAUGCUGCUCCAAUGUUGGCGGUCUUAGCCCUCAUCAACACGAGAGCUUAUUUAACGGGACGUUAAAAAGCGUUCAAAUACAACAAAUGCAUUAUCAACUACACGUUUACACGACUGAGUUUUUAAAGCACGACGCUUUUGUUCAAGCAGUGUUGCAUUUUACGUAGCCGCCAUAGCGUGCACAUGCCUAGCGCGUCCGCACGCACGUGCACGCUGUUGGCGGGCGCGCACGCAGCGCUGCACCUCGGUUGCGCACCUUUCACUUUUCAGGCGUUGCUAUUGAAAAGAGUAAACUCCAUUCGUGCGACGGAGCUGACACACUUUUUUUUCAUUCUAUAUUUGAACGCUUUUUUAAAGUCCGUUAAAAAACUCUCGUGCGAAUGAGGGCUUAGGGUGAUAAUAUAUCAAUUACCUAUCCAUGUGACUGAGAUCUGAAUGUUUCUGUGAUCUGAUGCCAGUAAGCAACCUAUUCUACUCGUAGUAGAGUUAUUCUAUUAAAUUAUCCGGAGUAAAAUCGCUUCAGUAACCGCAGCGCAAAGUAGGAACAAACAUACACACACACACAAACUUUCGCCUCUAUAAUAUUAUUGUGAUUAGAGUGGGGGAGGCGUGCAACGUGAGAAGUUUCCGUUUUGCUGACGUUCCAUCCUUCACAUAAACGCGCCUGUCUUUAUCUUACCACUACAACCAAAGCCAAACAGUCUUCCGAAAAUAGAAUAUAACUAUACUUAUUUUGUACUCAUGUAUGUGAAUGCACACAACUUUCCCUAUCAACCUUACAUCAUGCAUGUUAUGUUCAGAUUUACAACACGCGAUAGAAAGUUAAAAAAAAAAACCGUCAAAGUGCGUGUAGAGACAUGCGCGUGGUUCCGUUUAAAUUCUAUUUGCACUUUUUAUCACUUCUUCAUUCGCCACCUCACGACUUGAGAUAUACUUAUAGUCUAAGAUCCGGUAUUACAAAUAUAUACCCUCAUCUGUUAUUUGUUAGUGAUAAGAAAUAAAUGAUAGAUAAUAUUCAGUGGCACAUUGCAAAUAGGUUGCCUAGUUAAAUUGCGGCCAACUGUUUAUAUUUAUCUGGCAACCCCAUAGUUGCAGUUUGAAAGCAGACAACCUUUACGCUUUCAAUUCUAUAGGGUAUAUUCUUAUAACUAGUGUACGGUUUUAAAUCAUUAAUCAAAGAGGGAAGUAGAUUAAAUAAAGGAGAUGGUCCGUUUCAGGUCCACUUUUGUACCCCGUAUCAUUAAAAUCUAAAAAAUGCAAGGAUUUAUUAAAAUUUAAAUAAGCGAUAAAUCUAACUAAACAAAAAGUAAUAAAUAAAAUAAAACCCAAAUAUUUGAGUUUUUAAAGUAAAUUCGUACAUUUGCAUAAUAGAAAAUAGUUUAUUUAAUUUAAUAGUUAAUUUAUUUCCGCCAGGGUACAAUGACUGAUCCUGGGCUCCAUACAAUUUUGGACCACGUUCCUUAAUCAUUUAAUUUGACUAGGCAACUCACCGGGCGCAAUUUUACUAUUCAACCUAUUUACAAUGUGUCAAUGUGAAUAUUUUCUAUAUUGUUUAUUUCUUAUCCCAAAUAGGGAUAAAUAAACAAUAGAUGAGGGUAUAUAUUCAUUUUCCUUAUGCCGGAUCUCGUACUAUUAAAGUUCAGAUGCAGCAGUGUGCAAUUCGUUUUUAACCGACCUCCAAAAAUGAGGUUCUAUUUUCUUCUGUAGUACAACAGGAUCUCCCACCACCACCAUGCACAAAUAUGGUUAUGAAUAAAUAUAUUAUUCCUGUGCCCAAGCCCAACGACGAUAAUGUCCAACGGCUGGCUGACUAUUUUUUAUGUAUUAUUAAAUUAUUCAAAAAACGCCUUUACUACAUUUCACAUUGCAACUAAAUUGGAUAUAUGGAAAAUGACAGAAGAGUUUUUCAUUUUCUAACGAAGUCUACAACUCAGUUUCUAUCACAUCAGGAAUCUACGAGUACUACCAGUCUAUUUCGCUACGCCAUUAUCUCUUAAUCCUCGAAAUUAAUAACGAAUCCAUAAGAUUCCAGAUUAAAAAAUCUUAACAUUGGAUAAAUUUUUAUGCAAUUUAUUCCUUUUAUUUAUUUUCGAAACUAUUUAUAACAAAUUUUGCGAUGAUCAAUCUGGAAGUUUUGGAUUAAUUUAACUUUCGAAAAUUUCAGUUUGUAUUAUAACUAUCUGGCGUUUAAGAGAAUGCAAGAAUAAGUAUGCUACCCGCACAGCGCCCUCCAUAUCAUGACCCCACAUGUACAGAAAAACAAGACUUGUUCAUCAGUUCCAAAGUUUAUUAGAUAUAAUAGUUCUAAACAAAUCAGAGUACGGUUUUAUUAUGUAAAGAGAAAUAAAUAAAGGCGACAUAUUUCUACUUAAAAAAGAAAGAAAGAAACAACACAACUUGUUACUUUUUUUAUUACAAAUAAUGUGUUAAAAGAAAAAACGUCAGUAAUUUAUCACUGUCAACUUUAUUGAAGUUUAAAUAAAUGAACCGUUUCGCUGUUAAAA